AUGAGGUUCUUGAAUUCAUUAAUAUCACCUAAAAGUGAUUCACCUUUACCAGUCUCAUCUCGGGUCUGCUUUGUUAAGUUCCAUGAUCCAGACUCAGCAGUUGUGGCACAGCAUCUGACAAACACUGUAUUCGUUGACAGAGCUUUGAUAGUCGUACCAUAUGCAGAAGUAUUUCAUGGUUCUAUCAAAGCAGCAGUAAAAAAAAUACUCUUGACGCAUGAAAAUUAACUGGUGAGGGGCCUCAUUGCUAUUUUUAAAUUGUAGUUUUAUUUUUAAAUAGUCUUUUUUUAAUCCAAGGAUCAGAUGCAUGACUUUUUUUUUAAUGGAUGCAGAUCUUCUAUCAGGUGUCUCACAAUAAAUUCAAGAGGAUUUUAGUUUGCCAGAAAUGUUGCAAAUGCACUAAUUUGAGUAAGAUGUUGACUUAAGAUAUCCUCUUGAAACAUAAUUUUGCAUGCAAAAUUACCCCAUAAUCUUUGUAGGUUUGUUAAUAGUGAUGCAUUAAUGCCCUAUAUCUAAAUGAUCUUUUCCCCCCUUCCCUCCAUAAUUCUUGGUAUCUAAAUUGAUGACAGCUCUGACACAAGCAAGAUAACAGUGCUGUGUAGUAUACAUUUGUUUGUAUUAUCGGCACUUCUCAGUAUAGGUGGAAGGAACCAUUACCUUUAUUUAACAGUGGUUUUUCUUUUUUGUUGUU